UAUAGCGUUUGUUCCGAGUAUCGUUUGAGCCUCGGCUCACGUGCCACGCUUGUCUGCGGCCCUCGUGACUGUAUCAAACGCCGCGCCGGGUUGUAUAAAAGUGACCUCGUCAGAUAUAACUCAGCAUACCCUUCCGCUGCAUUAUUCAUACCCACGGGCUUAGCAAUGUCGUUUGUGCGGUUACGUUUGACACCAUUCCGGUUUGCUAGGCUUACGCAGUCUGCAACUCGCUCAUCAUGGCGGCCUACUGCCAUUGGGAGCCGGCACAUGUCCCAAAAUAUCGAUCGGGAUUCUACGACGGGGAAAGCUGCUGUUCCGCUCGAUAUUGAGUCCUCCCGGCUCACUGUCACCAAAACAACGAGCCCAAAAGAACUCCCUCCCUCCAAGAGCCUUCUCUUCGGGCGGACAUUCUCAGAUCAUAUGCUGAAAAUCCGCUGGACUGAAGCUACUGGCUGGGAAGCACCCAGCAUUGAACCUUUCAGUACCAUCAAUCUGUCCCCUAGUGCUACCGUGCUUCAUUAUGCCCAAUCACUAUUUGAGGGCAUGAAAGCCUACAGACAUGAGAAUGGCACUGUGACGAUGUUCCGACCUGACAUGAAUAUGAAGCGUAUGAACAUCAGUGCACAGCGGCUAGCGCUUCCCGCAUUCGACGGAAACGCACUUCUUGAAUGCAUAAAGGAGUUAAUCUCCCUCGACCGUCAAUGGAUACCUAAGGAGCCCGGACACAGUCUUUACAUCCGACCUACAUUUAUCGGCACUAAUGGUACGUUAGGUGUUGCGCCCCCCAGCGAAGCACUACUCUUCGUGAUCACCAGCCCUGUGGGACCAUACUACCCUCACGGGUUCAAGCCUGUACCUUUACAUGGCACAACAGAUUACAUUCGUGCCGCGCCUGGAGGUACCGGUGCGUAUAAGCUUGCUGCGAACUACGCACCAGGCGUUGUAGCACAAAAAAGUGCAGCGAAACAGGGCUACGCACAGAACCUGUGGUUACAUGGUCCCGAACACUGGCUCACAGAGGUGGGCACCAUGAACUUAUUUGUCGUUAUUAAGGACAAGGACGGCAUAACCGAACUCAUUACUCCCCCUCUCGACGGAAUGAUUCUUCCAGGUGUUACACGCGACUCUGUGUUAGCCCUUGCGCGUAACCACGUGUCGGGAGUUAAGCGUCUCGAAGGUCUUCCUGAUACCAUCAAGGUCUCGGAACGCCCAAUUAACAUGGGCGAGAUUAUCCAAUCCUCAAAGGAAGGUCGACUUAUCGAAUUGUUUGGUACUGGAACGGCUGCUGUUGUCACCCCUGUGGACAGAAUUGGGUACAACGGAGGUGAUGUCGUGAUUCCUACUGGUAAGGACGGUAUGGGUCCCGUCUCGAAGCCUCUUUGGACAGAGCUGGUGGGUAUCCAGACGGGGGCUAUUAAGAGCGAUUGGAACUAUGUGGUGGCGCAGUAGGGCGGCGCCGUUCAUCUACAAACAGGAGAUCUAUUUGUGCAUUUUACUAGAAUCUAGAGUUCUCUCAUGGCGAUCAUAAGAUGGCAGAAUCAGCUAGUUGUAACACUGAAAGUUACCAUGACAUCUUUGUGUGCCAGCAUCUGACUUUCCUUGUCUAGGUCCCU